AUGUCACGCCCGAUGGCCAUCCCUCCGAACCUCGCCAAAACGCAAGCACAGCACUCACUGACAUUCAAACUCCAACGCCGACUGGAAGCCGCCAUCCGAGAUGCGCGCAACAUGAAGGCCGAAGCCCAAGUCGCCCAACUCGGUUGGGCUCAGGCCAGAGCAACCCAAGCGGCAGACCUGAAGGUCAUGACAGAACAAGCCUCUACCAUCAAGGGAUUAGAGGCGGAGAACACCGCGGUGAAGGCUGUGCGUGAUGCGCAAAAGUCGCACAUCAAGCUACUCACACAAGCCAACAUCGCCGGCAUGUCUGUUCACAACGAAGACGAAGACGAUGCGAUUGGGCUUCAGGCAGGGGCGCGCAAGCAAGAGGCGAGUGUGAAGAGGGCCGAAGAUGCGGCAGCUGAUAUGGAGAAGAAAGCGGCGGAGAGUUCAGAGGAGAGGAGCGAGGCCUUCAAGAUGGCGAAAGCCAAGGUGAACGGCAAGAAGCGGCCGACGUACAGCGAUUCUUCUCCGGAUUGGGCGAGCACAUGA